UACAGUUAAGAAAUGUAUCUUUACCAUCGGAAUUUUUGCUCCACUUUCUUCUCUUUAUGGACAAAUCCAAAAUUGGGGUUACAGCCUUCGGUCGUCGGCUGUUUUUUUUCCCUUCCUGCAAAACUUCGUCCACAGUCCUGACUGAAAAUCGGCCAAAUCCCCGCUGACUCCGUACUGCACACAGCAGCUGAGGUUUUCCUCUCCUCGUCAGCUAAAACUCAUCCAAAUUGACUUCGAAGCAGAAAUAGAUUGGGGUAAUGCAGGGCUCUCUGGAGCAGGUCAAGCGCUGGCAGAGCACCACUUUUGGUUAAUUUCACAAUGAGCGCUUCAGGUUGGUGCUGAAAAUGUAAAAUUGAUCCUUAUGAACAGUGUGCAGAGAAGAGAUGAAAUGGGAAUGUUCAAUGAGGUGAAGAAACUGAAGUAACAAGAAAUAAUCUGCUGCAAUUUACAGCAGCACAACUGUCUUAUUACCGCUGUUUCAUCUUCUCCUUCUGGGCUCAUGUAAAAACGGUCACUGAAUGUCAAGAAAUAAGGAGCACUUUGCUCUGAAGAAGAGCAGGAAGAGGGAAAAGUGAUACUGAUCAAGGCAGAUGAUCAAAAAUACGGGAAAACUCCAUGUUCUCAUGAUGUCAUUUCCUCCAUCGAUAUGAUGAAGUAUAAGCUACCAGAGCAGCCUGUUAUAAGUUUACAUGCACUUCAAGACUCCCAGUGCUAGCGCCAUGGACCAUGUCUCCAGAGACUCCGUUUGGUGCACCAUAUCCUCCCGGUAGCUCCUGAUCGAGGGCCAGCAUGGAAGAGGGCAAGCUCCUCUUCAGCCUGGGCGGUAACGAUGAAGGUCCCACCGUGGCCUUCUGCAAAGACAGACAAAACAAACGGAAGAGCCAGCCGGACUUCAGCCUGGGGAUGGAACUGGACCUGAGCCUAAGUCACCACUCCCAGCCACCCUUUCUGCAUCACUCCCCCUCAUCCCCGGGCUCUUUAGCGGAUCUGUCAGCAUCAUCGGCAGAACCGCUUGUCGGCACCAACCUUGUCAAAUCGUCCUCCACAGACCUGAAGCCCCGGGAGAGCGGCUCCCUGCGAGGCAAGCCUCUGCUCAGUCUGGUCAAGUCCCUGAGCACCGAGAUCUCCCGCCGGGCCGAACCAGAGGUCAACCUCUCCAAGUCCGACUCCAAGCUGCAUUCGCACCCCUGGAAGCAGCUUAGCCGUCCAAAAAUCCCAGAUGUCAGACCCGCGGCAGACGGGCUGAGCGAGACCGACGGCUGGGCGUCGCCUUCCGCUGACACUUGCGGCAGCUCGCUGAUCGCUGAGCUGGAGGACACGCGGAGAAAGUUCUCCGAGGCCAUGCAGGAUCCACUGAGCAUGCUGAGUAAGAUCAUGGGGGACGAAAGCUCCGGCAGCCCGAAGCAGGGCAGGACUUCUGGUGCCGGAGACUCACCGUCCUCCCAAGGUAGCUGUGGAAGAGACGGCUCCAGUGAGGACCUCAGGUGCCGAAGGAGGGCUGAGGGUGAGCACAGAGGGGGGUUUGACACACCGCUGAGGAGACUCCCGAGGAGCUCCUUGACAGAAUCUCCUGUCUCGCUGGAGCGCCACAACGGUGACAGCCAUCUAGAAAUCUGCACUAACGGAGAUGUGAUGCAGGUGGUGGAGGUCCGGAGGGGGACACACCCUAGAACCGACACCCAGCCUCGGGUCACUGUGCCGGCAUCGUCGCUGCCUCUGCACUGGCUCUUCCCCGUGGGCCUUGUGGCGUAUGGUUUCUUUGUGUUGCCCCUGCCCUCCUAUGUGACGGGCCUGUCCGUGGGGGUUGCGUGUGGAUUCUUCUUGGGCCUGGUGGUGGUGUUCACCUUCGCUCCGCGGCGCUCGUCGGCCAGAAGCAACAACAGUUUGAGCAAACCCAGGCGCCCGAACGUGGAGCCACCAGGCGGGGAGCUCGCAGACCCGGAGAUCCUCGAGGGAUGGAUGAAUGAGACACAUGGCUACGACCCGGAGACCUUCCACCCCUCCGUCACACACUCCGUCUACGUCACCCUGGAGGGCGGCCAGCUGCGCCUGGCGUACCCGACCACCAACAUCCCCCGGUGGGCGGCGUUCGACGACACGCCCCGACACGAGGCCGUGUUUUUGCGCUCUCGCACUUACUCGCUGGCUAACUGUAAGGUGUCUCUGUUGCCGCCCGGUCUGGCUCGCAAGAGGAUCUGGAACAAGAAGUACCCCGUCUGCGUCACUCUGGCCGAGGGGGAGGUCGGGGAGGAGAGUUCGGUCGAAGGAAAGGAGGAGAAGGAGGAGGAGGAAAGGGCAGAGAGACACGCGGCCCCAGAACACCGGCUUCCGGUCACCUUGUACCUGUUUGGCCGCACAGGAAGAGAGAAGGAGGAGUGGUUCCAGCACUUCCUGUCGGCCUCCCGGCCUGAAGCCCAGAGCAGUGUGAGCAGGGAGGAGAACGUAGAAACACAGUGCGCUGAAGACGCUGCUAGAGAAACCCCAGAGGAACUCCUCGAUUUUCCCGGGGGGCUAAAAACAAGAACGCUGUUGGAGUACAGCACCUACAUGACUCAAGUGAUUGGCCCGCAGAGCUGCAGUCCCACCCUCAGCCCCUGCCAUAGUGACCAAGGAAGCCCCACAGCCCACACAAAGACUGAGGAUGAAGAGCAUGGAUCUGGAGGUGAAGCGGGAGAUGAGCCCGGUGCGGGUUCAGUGCCAGAGGAACGUUCUCCAGGGGGCCAGCAGGGGGCCACCUGGGUGAACUCCCUGGUGGGACGGAUCUUCUGGGACUUUCUGCGGGAAAAGUACUGGACCGAUCUGGUGGCACAAAAGAUCCAGAAGAAACUCAGCAAGAUCAAGUUGCCAUACUUCAUGAAUGAGCUGACGCUGGCAGAUCUGGACAUGGGAACGUGUCUACCUCAAGUCCUCAGCACCUCCACACCGAAACUCGACCGCAGAGGCCUGUGGCUGGAGAUGGAGGUGGUGUACACAGGCUGCCUCCAGAUGACCCUGCAGACUAAGAUGAACUUGUGUAAACUGGGUAAAGAUGGAGAAGACGAGGCUCACAGCGUCCUAGAGACCCACCAAGUGGGCUCUAAGCCCAGGCUGUGUGCACUGGCUGACAGUGAUGAAGAGUCAUCCAGCGCAGGCUCGUCGGAUGAAGAGGAAGCCUCCCCAUUUGAGCCGCAAGUGUCUCUGUGGGAGAAGACCACAGUGGUAGCAGCUGAAGGGCACUCUGGUAGCAGCACAAGUAGGAAGAUCUUGAGAUUUGUGGACAAGAUAGCAAAGUCCAAGUACUUCCAGAAAGCCACCGAAAACGAGUUCAUCAGGAAGAAGAUAGCUGAGGUGUCUAACAUGCCUCUGAUACUCAGCGUCGAGGUCCUGGAGCUCUCUGGCAUUCUGGCCAUCAACGUACCGCCUCCACCUACUGACAGGAUAUGGUACAGUUUCCGGGUGCCUCCCAGGUUAGAGCUUCAUGUGCGACCCGCGCUCGGGGAGAGGGAGGUCACCUUCACUCACGUCACCGAGUGGAUCGAGAGAAAACUGCAGUGUGAGUUCCAGAAAGUGCUUGUGAUGCCCAAUAUGGAUGAUCUGUAUCUACCUCUGAUGACAUCCGGCCUGGAAAACCCACCCGUCUCCCAUCAAUCCUCAGUCCAUUCCUCAUCCCACCAGUCCUCCACAGAGUCCCAGGAGCACCUGUCAGAGUAGCACCCCUUUGAGGCCACAGAUGAGAUUAUGUUGAUUUAAAAUAAAAACUACUGUGCCGCUAUUGAUGCAUCUGGGUACAUCUGGGUACAUCUGGGUACCGGCUCGGUGUUUAUCCUGAGCGUGUUGGUUGUAACCAGUGCAGGAUAAAUUCAGCUGAGCGGGGAAGCAACCUCGAAACUGUGAGACUGGUACUAAAGUGCCCCUCGCUGUAAGAAAUGAUUGAACUGCACACCAAUUAGAACCCUUUUUUAUUUAAUGCCAAUGCUGAUGACCGAUGUAAAUACUGGAUGCAGUAAAACAAGAUGCAUUAGAUGACCCUUGUUAAAGAAUGCUGUAACAACUAACAAACUGUCCGACCAGUCAAUUUCUAAUCAACCCAUCUUGUUGGGUUGUGAGGAACAUGGAGAUGAUACUGAUAACUAAACUUCCAUGCUGCAUGUUGUUUCUGAACAAUGUAAAUAUGCUCAUGGAUCAUCAGUGAAUAAAAAACUGUUAAAUCUA